AUGGCAUCUCCCCAGGUCAUCCGCACUCCGAUCACUGAUCUGCUCAAGAUCAACCACCCCGUCCUGCUGGCAGGCAUGAACGUGGCGGCCGGCCCCAAGCUGGCCGCUGCGGUCACCAACGCUGGUGGUCUCGGUGUUAUCGGUGGUGUUGGCUACACCCCCGAAAUGCUCAAGGAACAGAUCGCUGAGCUGAAGAGCUACCUGACCGACAAGAACGCGCCUUUCGGUGUCGACCUGCUACUCCCCCAGGUCGGUGGCAGUGCUCGCAAGACCAACUACGACUACACCAAGGGUAAGCUCAACGAGCUCGUCGACAUCAUCAUCGACAGCGGCGCCAAACUGUUCGUCUCCGCCGUCGGUGUUCCCCCCAAGCCCGUCGUUGAGAGGCUCCACGGUGCCGGUAUUCUCACCAUGAACAUGAUCGGUCACCCCAAGCAUGUCCAGAAGGCCCUCGAUGUCGGCAUCGAUAUCAUCUGCGCUCAAGGUGGCGAGGGCGGUGGUCACACCGGCGAUGUCCCCACCACCAUCCUCAUUCCCACCGUUGCCAAGCUGGUCCAGGGAAAGAAGAGCCCUCUGACUGGUCAGCCCGUCCAGGUCAUUGCUGCCGGUGGUCUGUACAACGGUAACUCCGUCGCCGCCGCUCUCAUGCUCGGCGCCUCGGCUGUCUGGAUCGGCACCCGCUUCAUCCUUGCCGAUGAGGCCGGUGCUCCCAAGGCUCACCAGGAGGCUGUCCGCACUGCUGGCUUCGAGGACAACAUCCGUACCAUCAUCUUCACUGGUCGUCCCCUGCGUGUUCGCAAGAACCCUUACAUUAUGAACUGGGAGGAGAACCGCGCCGAGGAGAUCAAGCAGCUCACCGCUAAGGGUAUCAUUCCCGUCGAGCACGACUUUGAGAACCUGCCCGACGAUGUCGAUGAUGACACCCUCGACAACGCUCGUCCCUACCUGAUGGGUAAGGUCUCUGCCGUUGUUGACGAGAAGAAGCCCGCCAAGGCUAUCGUUGACGAGCUCGUCUACGACGCUGCUGCUCUUCUGAAGAAGGGCAACCAGAUGGUUGCCGCCAAGCUGUAA